AUGCACGGAAAUUCGAAUGACCGCAGGGCCCUCGAAAGAGAGGCCCUGCGAAACGUCAUCAACCAAUGGAACGCCAAUCGCCUCGACCUUUUUGAAUUAUCCGAACCAAAUGAGGACCUGGAGUUCCACGGGGUGAUGCGCUUCUAUUUCCAAGAUUCCGGACAAAAGGUGGCCACCAAGUGCAUUCGAGUAGCGUCCGACGCUACCGUUGAAGACGUCAUCGGCACUUUGGUGGAAAAAUUCAGGCCAGACAUGCGGAUGCUGUCCGUGCCUUCGUAUGCCCUCUACGAACUGCACGAGGGCUGUCCGGAGAGGAAGAUGUCCCCGGACGAGAAACCCCUGUUGGUGCAACUAAACUGGCACGUUGACGACCGGGAGGGGCGUUUUUUGUUAAAAAAUAUCGACGAUAAAACGGUUGGUUCGAUGGGUUCCAUCGACUCUAACGCCAGUUUUAGACGAAAAUUAUCGAAACGAGAGAAAAAACAAUUAAAAAAACAGGAAAAACUAUCGAGAAUUAAAAGCGAGAACGAAUUACCUGAAACGUCAUUUACCCGUUCAAUAUCGAAUCCUGAAGCUGUAAUGAGACGACGAAGACAACAAAAGUUGGAAAAGAAAUUACAACAAUUUAGAUCCAAAGACGGAGGCCCAGAUACAGGUGGUACUCUGAAAAUCUACGGCGAAGCUUUGUGCAAAGACGUGCCUUACAAAACUCUACUGCUCUCGGUGCGCGAUUGUGCAGGAGCGGUUGUUCGCGAGAUGCUUGACAAAUACGGCCUGACAAAAACUGACCCGACGCAGUGGUGCCUGGUGCAAGUCACCCAGCAACCCGGGGUUCCCGACACAGAAUACGUCCUUGACGACGACGAGUGUCCCUUGUCCAUCCUAAUGAACGCACCAAAUACUGGUACAAAGAAAGAAAGAAAGAGUGAAGUCGGGGGACUUGAGCCGAGCGACGACCACUUUUGCGGUGGUUAG